CGCGCCGCGCGUUCUUCCCGGAGGGGCCCCUGCAACCUCUCCGCGCGAAGACUGCUCCAAGCCCUGCAGGGAAAGAAAAGUAACUUAGCUUUUCUCGGAGGAACCAGGAAGGAUUAAGCGGCCUGGGAGAGGGCAGGAGCGCGCGGAGGGUAGCAACAGGGGCUUCGUGAAAGAGGAGGAGGGGAGUCUGCAGGAACCCCGAGGAAGGCGCCUGGGAUGUCUGAUUGCACUUUCUUCUUGUCCUCCCUUCUCCUCUUUUAGGUGGAAUGAUUGUGGACUGAGACUCGCUGGGGCAGAGACUAUGUAAUCGCCUCGGUGUCUGUGCAGAGGUCUGCGCUUCGGGGAGGGAAGAGGAGGGAUCGGCUGGCUCUUCGGCGAUUCGGCAGGCGGAGUUUCGCGGCAGAACCAGUUGUGCCCGCCCGCGGAGAGGUCGCUCCAUCCAGCCCCGGCGGCCGCGAGAGCCCGAGCGUCGGAGCGCGGUAGUCGGCGGGGGUGAGGGAGAGCGAGACCGAGCUCCUGGGAGCGAGGGAGCGGCGGGGGAGUCCCGGAGCCGGCGAGUGGCGGCCGCGAGCGAGCAGAGCACGCCCCCCGCCCUCCCUAGCGGCGCCGCGCCGGGCGGCGUCCGAGCGGUAUGGAGAAGGACGGCCUGAGCCGCGCCGACCAGCAGUACGAAUGCGUGGCGGAGAUCGGGGAGGGAGCCUAUGGUAAGGUGUUCAAGGCCCGGGACCUGAAGAACGGAGGUCGUUUCGUGGCGCUCAAACGCGUGCGGGUGCAGACGGGCGAGGAGGGCAUGCCGCUCUCCACCAUCCGCGAGGUGGCGGUGCUGAGGCACCUGGAGACCUUCGAGCACCCCAACGUGGUCAGGUUAUUUGACGUGUGCACAGUGUCACGAACAGACAGAGAAACCAAACUAACAUUAGUGUUUGAACAUGUUGAUCAAGACUUGACCACUUAUUUGGAUAAAGUUCCAGAGCCUGGAGUGCCCACGGAAACCAUAAAGGAUAUGAUGUUUCAGCUUCUCCGAGGCCUGGACUUUCUUCAUUCUCACCGAGUAGUACACCGUGACCUAAAACCACAGAACAUUCUGGUGACCAGCAGUGGACAAAUAAAACUGGCUGACUUCGGCCUUGCCCGCAUCUACAGUUUUCAGAUGGCUCUUACCUCAGUGCAUUGGGCCACAAGUUGACUAAUUAGAAGGAAUGCUGGUUGGAAAGCUGCCACAGAUCUGCU